CGGGACAGUGCCACAUGCAGAAGCCUGGGGGGGCACAAUGUGGCCCCUGUGCAUGGAGCCAUGGCACCCAGACUGAGCCCCCGCAAGGCCAGAAGAUUCCUCUUUGCCAGCACCCUGUGCUUCUCCUGCACACUGCUGUGCUACAGCCUGCUUCUCCGCAGCCCGCCUAGUAUGCACAUUGAGGGGUACCAGCAGCUCAGCUGCCCUCUGCCCCCAGCAUCAGGGGGCAAAAAACUCCUGCAGAAGAUGCCCCCCUGCCCUCUCUCGGCAGCUGCUCUACCUCCCAGCAGCACAGAGGAACCCAGGACCAGCACUGCCUGGAGUGGCAGAAACCACACUGAGCACUCCCAAAUCAGACGGGUCUCCCCUAAACCCACUGAGCAUCAGAUGUACCCCUUAGGGAACAGCACGGCCACCCCCAGAUAUGGGCACAAGAGACUCCCCCAGGCUAUUAUUGUGGGGGUUAAAAAAGGAGGCACCAGGGCUGUGCUGGAGUUUAUAAGGGUGCACCCCGAAGUUCGAGCCAUGGGAACUGAACCCCACUUCUUUGAUAGGAACUAUGAGAGGGGUCUGGACUGGUACAGGUAUGUAAGCUGGAGAUUUACUAAGCAUUGCGCAUUGAUUCAUACUGUAAUCAUCUCAGCAGCUAUUUAAAAAAAGCAUUCCAAAAAUCAGUUUUGUUUUAUUUUUUUAUUUUAUUAAAAUUAUUAUAUAGUCUUCGGAAUCUUGAUUAUCGAUUAAUGGUCACUAAAAGGAAUCACUACCUGACAUUACUGGUUCCCUGUCUGAUCUGCUACAGCUUUAACCUGGGGGCUGUUCAGAAAUAACUAAAAAUAUCUUAAAAGACAAAAAUGGCAUAUUUUGACAUGUCACCCAUUUACUAGAAUGAUGUGUUAGCUAGCAUCACAUCUUAAAUUGUACCCAGAGCCUGUCACACUCAAUGCUUUGCCAUUAAAUAGGACCUGAACAUGUUAGUAAAUUUGCUUUGGGGAUCGGUUUACAUCGCAUUAUGGAUAAGGCUGAAAUUGGAUUUUUGGCUGCAAGAUUCUGCAAAGGAAACGUGUGUUUUAAUUCGGUUUAAAUUGGCGAGUUACAAAGUUAAACAAUGUUAAAUAGGUUAAUGACUCAGGGAAUGUCUAGCCGAAUAGAUACUGUGACUAUGUAAAAACAACACACAGCAUGGGAGGUCUGGCUGGGAGUGAUGGGAGUCAGGAAUGUGUUUCCAGUACAGGACUAUGGAGCUUCCACUAGGAGAGUAUUGUAAUAAUUGUGGGUUCACUGAUUGAUUAUUAGUUCAUAGAGUGGCAUUGGUGGCACACUCAGAUGGCAAAUACAGGGCAUUAAACAGCCUGAGAUUGAUGGGUCCUUACCAUAAAAGCUGGACCCCCCAUACCGCCUCCGCCUUCUCAUUAAGGUUAUUUGUGAAUUGCACAGCAUGGAAUUGGUAUCUUUUAUUAAAUACAAAUAUAAGGGAAACAAAACAAUCACCAUUAAUUCAGUAAAAUAGAUUAGACAGGAAACACCUUGGGAGUUGUGUGAGCAGCAGGACAGCCAGGUACAUGGGUAAAUAGGAGAGGGCACUAGCUCUGUACUGCUUGCCCAUUAUUAAAUAUUAGAUUAAACAAAUAAAUAACUAAAUAAAUAAAUAAAAUGAAAAAUAAAUUUAAAAAUCAAAUAUAUAUGUUCUAUCUAUCCCUCUAUAAUGUAUCUAUCUGUCUAUCUAUCUAUCUAUCUAUCUAUCUACUGUCUAUCUAUCUAUACUUUAUCUAUCCAUCUAUAAUUUAUAUAUCUAUCUAUACUUUAUCUAUCUAUCUGUCUAUCUAUCUAUCUAUCUAUCUGUACUUUGUGUAUGUAUCUGUCUGUCUAUCUAUCUAUCUAUCUAUCUAUCUAUCUAUACUUUGUCCUAUCUGUCUGUCUGUCUGUCUAUCUAUCUAUCUACACUAUCUAUCUAUCUAUCUAUCUAUCUAUCUGUACUUUGCCUAUCUAUCUAUCUAUCGAUCUAUCUAUACUUUGUCUAUCUAUCUAUCUACACUCUAUCUAUCUAUCUAUCUAUCUACACUCUAUCUAUCUAUCUAUACUAUAUUGGUCCAUCUAUCUAUCUAGCUGUACUUUGUCUGUCGAUCUAUCUAGCUAUCUAUCUAUACUUUGUCUAUCUAUCUAUCUAUCUAUCUAUCUGUCCACUGUCUGUCUAUCUAUCUAUCUAUCUAUCUAUCUAUCUAUCUAUCUAUCUAUCCUUUGUCUAUUUAUCUGUCUGUCUGUCUAUCUGUACUUUGUUUAUAUAUCUGUCUAUCUAUCUAUCUAUCUAUCUAUCUAUCUAUCUGUACUUUGUCCAUCUAUCUAUCUAUCUAUCUAUCUAUCUAUCUAUCUAUCUAUCUGUACUUUGUGUAUAUAUCUGUCUGUCUAUCUAUCCUUUGUCUAUUUAUCUGUCUAUCUAUCUGUACUUUGUUUAUAUAUCUGCCUAUCUGUCUGUCUAUCUAUCUAAAUUAUAUCUAUCUAUCUAUCUAUCUAUCUAUCUAUCUCUCAUCUAUCGAUCUACACUCUAUCUAUCAUCUAUCUAUCUGUAUUUUGUCUAUCUAUCUGUACUUUGUUUGUAUCUGUCUGUCCAUCUAUCUAUCUAUCUAUCUAUCUAUCUGUACUUUGUCUAUUGAUCGAUCGAUCUAUCUAUCUAUCUAUACUUUAUCUAUCUAUACUUUGUCUAUCUAUCUAUCUAUCUAUCUAUCUAUACUUUGUCUAUCUAUCUAUCUAUCUAUCUAUCUAUCUAUACUUUGUCUAUCUAUCUAUCUAUACUUUGUCUAUCUAUCUAUCUAUCUAUCUAUCCUCUAUCUAUCUAUCUAUCUGUACUUUGUCUAUCUAUCUAUCUAUCUAUCUAUCUAUCCUCUAUCUAUCUAUCUAUCUAUCUGUACUUUGUCUGUCUAUCUAUCUAUCUAUCUAUACUUUAUCUAUCUAUCUGUACUUUGUCUAUCUAUCUGUCUAUCUAUCUAUCUAUCUAUCUAUCUAUCUAUCUAUCUAUCUAUCUAUAUAUCUAUCUAUCUGUACUUUGUCUAUCUAUCUAUCUAUCUAUCUAUCUAUCUGUACUUUGUCUAUCUAUCUAGUCCAUUAAGAGUUGCUAGAUAUUCUAUUUAAUUUAUUAUUUCAGCGUUCUAUACAGAUUCCUAUAAGAAGCAUUAUAUACAAUGAUGUAAUAACAGUUAAAUUGCAGAGUAGGGUUCCAGCCAGGAUUCCCAUAGUCACCGGACCCCUAUUGGCCCCACUUAUCGGCGUGAUUGGGGAACAUAGUUCUGUUUUCAUGGCACAGGACAGACAGAUUUGUGUUUCCAGAAAGUGAAUCCCAGACCUGUCCUUUCUCCAAAGCCCAGCAGAAAGCAAGCAAUGGAAUGGAGGCAUGCAUUGGGUCACCCUAUCGCCCAUGGUGUCAACCAAACCAGGUCCUCUGCUGAAAACAAAAUCCCAUGAGGCUUGCAAAGGAUCAUGGGAGCUGUUGCUGAUAGAGAUUGCCUUUACCACCUCUGCUGGACAGUUAUUCCAUGUACUUCCUACAAUUAAUAUAUUACUCCUUCCACACAGCAGGCAUGCGCAGAACACCAUGGGAAUUAGACAUUUUCAGCCAAAACAGCCUGGCAUACAAUGUAAAUAUUACAAAAAAUGAAAAAAAAAAAUACAUUACUAACUUUCAGGGCUGUACAAAACUUAGAGCCCACUUUAAAAUAUAUAGAGAGAGGACGCGUUCUGUAAUGUUAUUGGGAGUGCACACUUAACAACACUUUAACAUGAUAUAUUUCAGAAUUAUUAAUAUUAUUAUAACAGCCAGCAACUGACAAAAUGAUCUAUUCACUAAAAAGAGAAUUCAACGUAAAUUUCAAAUUUAAAAGCAUACUAUAAUGUUCCUUUAAGGCCAAAAUAGUACAUUCUCUUAGUCAGGUAUGCUUCCACUUUGACUUCUCUGGCCUUAAAUUUGAUAUUCACUUUGAAUUCUCAUGAUGUUUCCGAACUACAUUUCCCAUCAUCCAUAGCCACCCUUGAGUUUUUAUCACAGGUCUAGAGUUUUCAUUUAUUAAAGCACGUUUUAUUGCUAUACCGGCCAUAUCUUAUCUACUAAGCAGUCGGAAAGACAGUGAUGAGUCAGUACAAUUGUAAAAUCUAUCUUGGUACAAAUGUAUAGAUCUGAAUGCUGAUAACUGCAACCAUUUCAAGUCCAAGGAAUAGGCAAAGCUUAACCCCUUAAGGACACAUGACGUGUGACAUGUCAUGAUUCCCUUUUAUUCCAGAAGUUUGGUCCUUAAGGGGUUAAUACCUCUACUCUGUUAGUAGUACGUAUAACUAUAUAUCGUUCUGUCUGUAACCCCACCGAUGAAUAUUUACUACGUUUCUAAAGUCUCUAGGUGAGCUCACUAUAGAAGACUUCUUAAAUAUAUAGCUCACCCCAAAUUCACUCAUGGGGUUAAAUUAUCCCUGUGCUAUUUUCUUUUUUUAAAUGCUGCUUUGAAAACAGAGAGGCCCCCGUGAGUUCCCUUUUUCAGGCUGUACACAGCAUUGUGGAAUACAGGUAUUUUUUUUUCGUGAUAGAUGGCUUGCCACAACUGUUAUGGUAUCAUAGGAUUUGGCUAACCACUUGUCAUGAAGGUGUUAAAAUCGCAGUAGACAAGUAUUGUAAAUAAUAUUAAUCUAGUAUUGGAGAGUCCUGCAAUAUUUAUUCACUAAAUAGAGCUUAUCAUGGGCUAGAUAUUUUACAAUCUCUAUACCAAGCUCUGCGCACCACGCUCUGUACAACAUCAUUUUCUAUCCAACACACGGAUCUCUCCUGCAUAAUAUUUUUGGGAGAAUUUGACUUGAGAUGGUUUAUGGUUUUGCUGUUUAAAGGAUAUCUGUUUUGUUUAUCAAGAUCCCACAGGAGUCGAUGUCAUUAUUUAAAGGAAAACUGUCACCUCAAAACUUUAUUUUCAUAAAAUAAUCCGAUCAUCACGUUUUGAAUGGAAACAGAAUUUUUUUUUUAAAUGUAGUAUAUAUUUAAAAAAAAAAUUUUUAAAAAGAGAGAGAAGACCAACAGUUAGUCUCUAUGGUUAUCCCUGUUUCCGUGAAAAGAGUGAAGUAUGGAAGACCAUAUAGACUGUCGGUAUUCAAACACUGUCUGACGCAAGGUCUGUGUAUGUGGCUGAAGGAUCCUGUCAUAUACUAAAGGAGGAAUGAGUUUUGCAAAUUUUUUACAUAUAUUUAAUUUUAAAAAAAAUCUCUGUUUUCUUUCAAAGCUUGACAAAAGUAUUAUUAUAUCAAAAAUAAUUUUGAGGGGACAGUUUGUCUUUAAAUUAUUUUCUCUCUAGAUAAUACAGGUCUAAGAAUCAUGGGAAAUGUAGUUUAAGAACAGCUUUGAGAGUGUUUUCUUAUUGUGUUUCACUGACAUUCUGUGCUUAGAUAUAUGGACAGAAUUCACAUUAGCUGCCUGGUCUUCUAUUUCCUGGCUGGCUGAUUGACGCUGCUGGAGGUGGAGUUAUACCACAGGCAGCAUAGAGGUUAAACUCAAUGUGGGCAAUAUUUCAUAGCAAAACUCUGCACAAGCACCAUAACCGCUUCAAAUCACUAAAGUAGUCAUGGUUCUUGGAGUAACAUUAAAACUAAAACAUUAUUUUUUUUUUUUUUAAUUCUUUAUUUAGUCGUGCGAUAAUAGAACAAUUUUACCUAUUCUGCCACAACAGCAGAAGUAGGUUAUGAACAAGCAUACAAUUGCGAGGCAUAGGUAAGUAUCAACGAUUAGACAGCACUUUUUGUAGUAUAUCAACUGCAUUUGAUAGGACAUGUCGGUGAUGAGGUGAGUGCUUUUCGGGUGCAACAGGGCAUGUCAGUGCUCACGGGGUGAAUCAAAGCUUGUAGUUGCGGGUCUGAGACUAGGUGUUGAGCUAAGAAGGUUUUUAUCGUAUGUCCAUUGUGUCACUAUCUCAGGUCCCUGCUCCUAACAAACAAUACUCUAUACGAUCUGCAACUAGGUGUGUCGCUGUUAGGGGUGGUGUCUGUGUAUGGUUAUGUGACAGGAGGGUCAGGAGUGUAUUUACAUUCCCUUUGGCUUCACUCUUAUGUCUGCGUGUUUCACUAGAUCGUUUAUGUACCGUUUUGCUAUUUGUGCCCCUAACCAAGGGGGCGGCGGGGGGGGAGGGGGGGUUGAUAGAGCAUCUCUUAAUGCUGUCUGAGGUGGGUCUGGGUGCCCUUAAGGAGGGUCCCCGUUGUUAAAGGAGUAUAGGUAGAAGACCCUGUCAUACAGGUUGGGGAUGGUAAGUGUUCUCGGGUAUUCAACCUAUAUACAGAUAAACCAACAUUCGCAUUGCUAUUAUCUGGGUGAGCCGACUACUUAUAGUCUUUUUGUAGUGUCCUUGGUAUUGUUUCUUCUCGCCGUGAUUGGGUGGGCAAGCGGUGCUUCAAGCCAAGGGAGUGCCAUUCUCUAGGUCCCUCUGGCCCUCUGAUGUGUCUACAGUUGUCAGUCCCAGCGUUUCAAGAAAAGAUGAGGCUUCCGCAAGCGAGGUGAGUGUGAGGGUAGUCCCAUUGUGUGUAGUUAAGAGUGAGCCCGGCGCUCCCCACCUGUAGGUGAUAUUGGCGGUACGUAGUUGUUGGGUCACUGGAUGAAGUGAUCGGCGCCACUGUAAGGUGGCCCUCGUCAAGUCCUGAUAGAAGGUGAGACUAGAGUCUUCAAACAUUAGUGGGGUCUUGCCCCGCAGCGCUAUCAUUAUUUGUCCCUUGUCAGAGGAAGAUGCACAGCGAAGUAUAACAUCCCGAGCUGUUUGUGAGGCGGCUCUUAGGGGGCCCGCGACCCGGUAUAUUCCGUCAAUCACCAUUUUUCUUGCCGCCGCUGGAGGUAAGAUUGUUGCCAGUAGCCUUCUUGUGUAGUGCGGCAGUUCAUCAGUGGAGAUCUCUGCAGGGAUGCCUCGUACCUUGAUGUUGUUGCGUCUAUGGCUGUUCUCGAGGGCGUUCAGGUGUAAGGCCAUAUUGUGGUGGGAUUUUUGGAGCUGGUGUACCGAGUCUUGCACUUUUGUUAGGUUAGUGGUGACUUCGGCUAUAUCAGCCUCUGUGGCCUGUACCCGGUCUUUUGUACUCUGUAACUCUGCUUUUAUUCCUGUUAGUUCUUGCGACAGGAUUUUGUGAAACUCAUGUAGGAGGAUUUGUAAGUCAUGUUUAGUCGCUGGUGGUGAUCCCUCCGGGGGUGCUGGUGGUGCUAUAUAGAGGUUAUUUCUCUCGGUUAGUUCAGCUUGAGCUGUUUGGGUAGGACUAGGCUGAUUUUCCUCUGGGGUCUGUUUGGGCCUAGCAGGCCGCUGAAGCAUGGCCCCGAUGUCUCUACCUUCUAUCUGGGUUCCAGCUUUCUGGGAGCGUCGCCCCAUGGCGGGCAUGAAGUCUCCCGAGGUGGAAGGGGAUCCGAUGCCCGGGUUACUUGUAGGGCCUUGAUAGGCUCCACCGUAGAGCGCCGCUAGGGUAGGCAGUGUGUGCGCGGAGUAGGCCCCGGGCUUGCGCUUCUGCUUCUGCUUCUGCGUCUUUGUUUUCGCAAAGAAGGGCAUCUAUCGAUGCAGUGCGGGUUCCCAGGUCGGUGUAUGUGUUUGGGGUGGUGGGAUCAGGCUUGAUGGUCAAGAUUUAGGCGAGAUUUUAGUUUAGAUGUCGGAGCUGUCAGAAAUGGCGUCUGAUCAGCUCGGCAGUUGGCUCCGCCCCCCUAAAACAUUAUUUUUAUGUUUAUUUACAAUUUUACAAACAGUUUGUUAGCUGUUGUUACCUAAAAUAGGAAACUUACUUUAAAUUCACUUUGAAUUUCAGACAAUUCACACUUGAGUGAAUAAGCCUGAAUGAUUGUUUCAUGGUCACUUGCUGGGUUAUAGGCUAUGGAUAAGGAACCGUUCUGGGACUAGAGUUCUAAACAUGGUUUAAUCACUUGGAAAACGAAUGGAACGUUCCAACCGCUUGCUAUUUUCUUAGCGCCUAAUCCAGGAAUGCAGAUUUUUAUACAUAACCUCAGCAAUGCAACCAAUGUUAAAUUCAGUAAAUUUCACCAUAUUUCUAUAUUUUAUGUUUUGUAUGGUGUGAGGGUUAAUCUUCAUUGAGUAGUUUAGGAUUGUUUGACUCCUCUUAGUCGAAAGCAAUACAUGGAUAAGCUACUUAUUGGAUUGUAGCGUAUUAAUGGUAACAGGGUUUUUACAUCAUAUUUCCUUCCAAACAGACAUAGGCAUGCAAAUUCAAAGAAAUUAGAUUACCUUUUCCCGUGACUGUGUCAGAGCUCAUGUUUGGCUCAUUUGUGUGUGUUUGAUUUCCCUAGUGUCUGUAAUCCCCGUGUCAAUUCUACGCAAUUUUACAGAAUAAAUCCAUCAAUGUCUAGGACACUGCACAUAAACAUGUUAUAUAAUACUCUGCUGAGGAACAGGCUGGCUAACUGGUGCCAGAAAAAAUUAAACCACUCUAAAAGGGCUGACUACUUACAAUAAGGUCGGCCACCAGGGCACUCCUGACACAAAAACCACUACAGCCGCUGCAGUGGAUAUGGUGCUACUAGUAUUCCUUUAAGGUAAUUUUCACUCUUCUCAGCAGAACUGGGACUUUAAAGAAAACAGCUGGGGCAGGGGACCAAAAUCAGGACUGUGUUUGGGAUAAUUGGCAAGUACUCAUGGGAUCAGUAACACCACAACAACCUGCACAACAACCUGUAGUGGUUAUAGUGCUUUCAAAGUGUCUAUACAACCACACUUACAAUGGCUGCUUGGUUUCUAACAAACUUUCUACGGCACAGUUUUGUUUUUCGCCUUCCUAUCCUGUUUUGUUUGUUUGAUUCUUUGUCCUGGUAUAAUCUGUUUUUUUUGUUUUUUUUAAAAUGUAAAAUAGAUUAUUAUAUUUGCCCUAAUAGCCUGUUGAUCAAAUUGAGAAAGCGGUUAUAGCUGCGUAUAACCGAUGGUGCAGGGCCUCGACACCGUAAGUAGGGAGUAAACAGUAAAUGUUUUUGUCCAUAGAUUGUAUCUUGUCAUAUGUUUUAAUUUACUGUCGGACUGUGGCAGUAUAUAUAUCUCCCAUGUGUUCAGACGUCAUUGCUACACUUGCAAAAAAAUUCCAAUCCUUAUCGGAUAAAACUUAUAUACCACCAGCCCAAUGUGGAUCACCAUAUAUAAACUACAUGUUCCAUGAUGCUCUGCUAGUCUCGAAGCUAAUCAUUACAUCUCUAGGAAAUGACAUUACUCAAUAAAACAUUGAAAAUCACUUGUGACUUGUAAUGUGACUUUUCAUGUGAUGCUGUGCUUUCUUAUAAAUGGAUAUUAAAGAUUUAGCGAUUGACAUCACAAUCCAGUUCAGUCCUGGCACAGCCAAGGCACACACACACUGAACUGAAACAUUACAUUAUUCCCUCCUCUACAUACUACAAUCAAUGACAGACAGACAAUUACAUUGUUGUUUUAAAAAUGAUUAAUGGAGUCAAAAUGGAGGCAGUCAGUUUCAGAACAGAGCUGAAUACAGCCGUGUGGAUUUCUACAAUUCAUUUUAUUUUUCAGACCUCACAUGCUAAUUUGUGUUAAACAUAGGGGAUAAGUACAUGUAAUAUUAAAUAGCCUGUAGCAGGAUAGUUAUUAUCUAACUGGAUUGUAUAUGUAAAGUGUGAGCCAAUAAUUAUUUAAUGCAUUAUAUUGCUACUGUAUUCAAAAAUAUUGUCAAAAAUAUAUAUAUUUUUUUAAUUCUUACUUUCAUCCUUCCCAGCCAAACUUAUGUUUAGUGGGUCACCUGUCUCCCCGGGAUGAGGGGCAUUACAUUCUGGUGUAAAGGGCUAAUUCUUUCUCCUAUUUUGCAUAUAGAAUACGUAUAGAAUGCAGAGAAUUGGGGUGAAUUGAAAACCAGAUUGCAAAAUUCAGUCCAAAAUAACAACAAAGCUUUGACUCUAGAUGAUUUAUAUUUUAUUUUUCAAAUCUGCACAUUCUCCCGUAAAUUUUCGCAAUUCAGUUUACUACAAUUUGCUGUUUCGUGAGUAAAUCACAUCACGCUGUUUUAAUCUCUGCAAACACCAUUCUGAUGAACAGACAGAAGCAAAAUCUUAAGGUUAGGGAAUGAAAACAAACAUGUCUGACAAUAAACCUCCAAUAAUGAGCGAUUCAGGUGAGAUCAAAGCAGCAAUAUUUGAAGGAAUCCGCUCUAAAAUACUUGUUUUUCUGAUCUGUUGCUCUGUUAGCACUGAAAACACUUUGUUCUAAGCAGAAUAGUCAUUUUGAAUAAUUUAAUUCAAAAAUGCUCCUUUUACUGAGCUUAUUAGUGAGCAGUUAGAAUAUAUAUAGAGAUGAUGAAUGAAAUUGGCAGAUGGAUAUUAAUGUACAGCCUUAAUAAAGUUAUGAUGAAGAAGACUAAUGUUAAACUUAUUGUCUUUUAUUAGUAAUUUCUGGCAAUUCAGGUAAUUCUCGAAGUUAUCUUCACUCUUCAUUGACUCACGGGUGAUCCACUGCUAAAAGCCGCAGAGUACAGUGAUUAGUGCUCCAACUGCGAUUUCACACAGUGUUAGUACUCACUAAAAUGUGAAUUUAAAUGAAAUUCAAAGGGAAUUUCAAAUUUUAGUGAAAACAUUGCUGAAAGUAAUACAUAAUUGAGUAUGAGAAUUCUUCAAUUUUGGCCUAUUUUUCAAUAAAAUAUUCUGCACAUUAAACACUCCCGCCAGCCUAAACUGUCGACACAAGGCAAGACAUGAAUUAAUGAUAUUUUCACCAAAUUCUGGCUUUGUUGUCUACAUGUCACAGCAGAGACACCUGAUCAUUCUUCUUCUGUCCGUUUUUGAGCACCUGUGAUCGGAAGCCUCAGUUUUCUGUUGUCUGUAUAAAUGGAACCCAGUGAGGUCUUCUGCUGCUUAGCCCAUCGAAUUAAAGGUUUAUAAUACUUGAUCCAUUCUGUUCAUUUUAAUGUGCCCUGUCUCAUUAACAAAUUAUUUUUAUCCUUGGAUCGGACCCUUGCUUAAUUCUUUUUUUCAAACCAUUCUCUGUACAGUCUACAGACUUUUGUAAGUAAAAAAAAUUCUUUUUAAUUUCCGGCAUACUAACCCACGUCUCGAAGCAGCCAUUGUUCCAUCGUCAAAAGUCACUGAGAUCAUAAUUCUUCCCCAUUCUGAUCUUUUAUCUGAACAAGAACUGGACCAAGCCAAACCAACGUACGCAUUGCGUUGUCCUCCUGUAGUUGGCGGAUUAGAUAUUUGCAUUAACAAGCAAGCAUACUAGCACUUAUAAUUACCGCAAUAUCCUACCUAACUAUGACAAAGUAACCAGAACAGAUAUCAAGAGCACUAAUAAAAAAAGUUUAUUACUCAUUAAAUGACCGUGUAAUCACAUAGGAUUAGUCACCAUUUAAAAACGUUAUAUAAAUAUUCAUUAUUAACAAAGAAAAUAAAUGAUCCACAGAAAUAGGCUUAGCACCGACAGCUAUUGCUGACCCGGUCAGAUCACUGGAGACACUGGAUUUUCAGUAAGAUCUGUUAGGUUUCACCUGUUAAUUUUCGCUGUGAUCAAUAAGAAUCGACAGAAGACACACGGCUGCUCAUAUAGAACACAGCCCAUUAUGUCUUGGAAUAUUUAAACAGGGGAGAGAUGAUCAGAGCAGUAAAAUUAAAGGUUAGAAAAAAAGAAAACACGCACACACAAUCCAUGUGGAUUGUAAUUAAUAGACUGUCUUCCAAAGAGAUCAAUAAUUCUGAUCAGACACAUAAUGAGAAAAUCUAUAGGGUGUUGUGAUUAGAUCCUGGCAGUCACUUCUCUCACUCACAAGUCUGCCCCUUCAUUUAUUUCCUUGGCUAGGUGCGUUAUAUUCUUCAAACUCUUUGUGACAGGUCAUCUGUGAGUUAUAGCAGCCAAAGCAGCAUAUAUAUGAACGCUAAUUACGUAGCAUACAAAGGAAUUCAACUCAGAUAAGGGAGGUAGCAUUUAUUGCUGGAUAUCACCUUGGUGGAGUGCCUUUAAACUGUGGUCCAUUAUUUUCCAAAUUAGAAGGAACAGAAGUAAUAAUAUACAAAGUGGACAAUUGAAGGACUGAUAGACACCCUCAUCAAUCUGAGGUCAGAAUAGGGAAUUCCAUAAAGCAACAUUGUACAGAGAGCCUGGAAUUAAAACAGGAAGUGCUUGGUGAGGAGUUUCCUGUUCUGCUUCAUUUCCCUAAUGUACAUUAAAAUGUGUUUAAAAUUAAAUGCGGCUUACAUAUACAUUUAUUGUAGAAAGUUCAAUAACGAUUACUCACUUAAUCUGGUUGGCUUCCUCAGUCUUAAUUUUCGUUUAAAUACCUUUAAUUAAACACAUUUUAUCUCCUAGCAAAACACAAUAAAACACUGAGAUAUAUUAUUGUUAAUCUGGUCUAGAGAGUAGGUAUGGAGACACUGAAAAGAUAUUUAUAAUAUACUAACAGCCUAAGACUCGUUUGUUUACCUCUUCAAAGUUAAGGUAAGUAUCUGCUAAUUUAUUUUCAUGCCUGUACUGUACACAUGGGAAUUGUCCAUCUUGGCUCCAGUAGGUUGGAGUUGACCCUUUUGGCACGCAGUAGUAUUUGCUGAUCAUAGUUUGCUAAAUUGAUGUAAUAGGUUUUGGGGCUUGAGUUAGGCAUUGUGAUUCAGGCUGGGGUUAGUGGUUAUUCAUAAGGUUUAGAGAAGUUUAGGGAGUUGAAUUAGGGUUAGGUAAAAUUUAGAAAUCAUGAUUAGGAAUUGUCUUUAAGAUGUGUUUAAGGAGUGUUUUACUACAUGUCCCAUUACUGUCUGCAAGGCCAGGACUUCUUCAUCUUCAGCAACCCAUUCUCCCCAUUUCUUGGGUUAUUGAAUAAACUCAUAUGUGUACAGGUAACACUCUAAUAUAAAUUGAUUGAUUUAUUUAUAAAAUGUUUUACCAGGAAGGAUCCAUUGAGAUUUCUCUCGUUUUGAAGUUUGUCCUUCGCCCACAAACAAUGCAUUGUUUGGGGGCCCAUAGAGUAUUAAAAAUCACAGUAUAAUAUUAAAAAUACAAAGUAAUAUUAAAAUACACAUAUAUACAUUUAACACAGAACAGGUAAGAAAUAUAAUCAACCAUGACUACAGGUGCAUUCUGUACUGAGAUAUGAUGACAGGGAUCCCUUAAAGGACCACUAUAGGCACCCAGAUCACUUCAGCUAAUUGAAGUGGUCUGGGUGCCAGGUCCAUCUAGGAUUAACCCUUUCUGCGGUAAACAUAGCAGUUUCAGAGAAACUGCUAUGUUUACCUAUGGGUUAAUCCUGCCUCUAGUGGGUGUCUCAUUGACAGCCGCUAGAGGGCUUCCGCGCUUCUCACUGUGAUUUUCACAGUGAGAAGACGCCAGCGUCCAUAGGAAAGAAUUGAGAAUGCUUUCCUAUGGACUGGCUGAAUGCGCGUGCGGCUCUUGCCGCGCAUGUGCAUUCAGCCAAGGAUGGUGAAAAGGAAGAGGAGAGUUCCCCGUGCCGAGGGAGCCUGGCGGGGGAAAACAGGUAAGAUUUAACCCCUUCCAUCCACUAGUGCCCGGUAGGAGGGGGGCACUGAGGGUGGGAGGGGACCUAGAGACCCUAUAGUGCCAGGAAAACGAGUAUGUUUUCCUGGCACUAUAGUGGUCCUUUAAAGGAUAUUAGUGUGGAGGUAGAUUGUGUCUUGGAGGUUAUUCCAUAAUUGCAGUGCUCUGUAUGAAAAUUAGGAUUGAGCUAAAUAUGCAAUAUAAGCAGAGUUGGUGCAAUAACCCAAUAACCCCUUCCAUACACCACCAGGUACUCUACAAGGGAGGCCGUAGGCUGUAUUUGGGGGUAUAUAUAUAUAUAUAUAUAUAUAUAUAUAUAUAUAUAUAUAUAACUGGUAUAUUUUACUUUUAUGUUUGCUAUUUUUUAGAAUCGGUAGCAAAUCCCCUUCCAAUAAAAAUACAAAAUAAAGAGAAGUUGUAGCGGAACGUCAAUAAUAAAUCCACGAAUUCCGCUGGUUCAGGAACGAAUCCACAGUCAAGCGCUGAAACAACAAGGCAAUAUCCCCAACCUCCCAGUAACCGGACGAGACACAGUUCUGAGAGUCAACUGAAAUCCUUUUAAUCGGCUGGACAAUUUAUACAAGUCCCCAUGCAAGGGGUUUCCUGAGUCCCUCCCCAGGGGCACUCCCAGAGGGGACUACAUGGGGGACUUACAUUACAGCAUAUUUCUCCCAUCAGGCACCGCUGCACGAGAGGGAUCAUCUUCCCAGAAUGCACCGUUAAGUGGAUUAUCCCCUCGUGCAGCAGAACCGACAAUUCACACAAAAAUCCAUAACUUGUUGAAUAUAUGGUGGAUUUACACGAAUGGACGUUCGGUAGAUAGCUGGGGUCUGAGCGCAUCAUUCGUGAGAUUACCGCUCAGAUCUCAGCUAAAAUAACCGAACGCCGCACGAAAGACAGAUUUCUGAUAAAACAUAUAAAAAGAACCGAUUGCUUGCAGGGAACAAAAUACCGAAUGUCCCGAAACUCCCGAACGUCCUGGAGGCUCAGCGGUGUUCGUGCCGUCGAGUAGCCGUUUUUAGUACCAUGCGUUCGACGACCUAGCACCGCUGAGGGAACAAAGGAUCCAAGAUGGCCGACCGCCGCAUGGUCGGUAGUCGAACGACGGCCACCCAGGAGAGCCUCUAAUAACCGAUUGCAACAUUGUUGCAAUCGGUUAACUAGCGCCACACGCCUCUAAGUGUGUGGGCUAUUAGGGGGUAUUGCGUUCGGUUCACGAACGGCCCUCCAAAGUGCCGUUCGUGAAACGAAAGAAAAUCCCCAUACAAAACCGCCAUUUGCAUUCGGUUAAAGGCAAUGCAGAACAUACAUAAAGCAUACACAUACAGAAUGAAGCACAUAUCUCUCUAGACAUACAGGCAACCCUUAAAGGCACAGUCUCUUUGUAUUGUCCAAGUGGCUAGGUUUGCCACAAUGCUCCCCCAGAACCAAGCCGGCAUACACAGUCUGAUCCCAACGGAUCGGCUUGGGGAUGUCCGGAGGAGGGCUCACAGAUCACUUCUCAAGGUCUGUUUGUCUGGACAACCCGUCGGCGUUACCGUUUUGUUUCCCUGGGCGGUAAUGGAUCGUAAAGUCAAAGGGCUGCAGCGCCAAACUCCAGCGCAGCAGCCUGGCAUUGUCCCCAGCCACACGGUUUAGCCAUACCAACGGGUUGUGAUCUGUGAGCAAAGAAAAGGGUUGCCCAUAGAGAUAUGGCUGUAACUUUUUCAGGGCCCACACCACGGCCAGGCAUUCUUUUUCUAUGGCGGCGUAGCUCACUUCUCGAGGUAACAGUUUUCGACUCAAAUAUGCUACGGGGUGUUCUCCGCCAUCGGCUCCGACCUGGCUUAAUACUGCUCCCAAUCCAAACAUGGAGGCGUCUGUGUGGACAAGAAAACGUUUAGUUGGAUCGGGAGCAGCCAGUACAGGGGCAUUAGUUAGAGCCGUCUUCAGUUGAUGGAAUGCCUGUUCACACUCUGGGGCCCAGAUGACCUGCCUGGGCAGGUUUUUCUUCGUCAAGUCAGUCAGGGGUUUGGCCAGGGCACUGUAAUUGGGCACAAAUUUUCUAUAAUACCCUGCGGUACCUAAGAAAGCAAGGACUUGGGUUUUGGUCCUAGGGGUAGGCCACUGGGCUACAGCUUCAAUCUUGGCGGGCUCAGGCUUCUGUUGCCCGCUACCAACCCGGUGUCCUAAGUACUGGACCUCUGCCAUCCCUAUGUGGCAUUUGCUGGGUUUCAAGGUAAGCCCUGCCUCCCGGAUCCGAUCUAUUACAGCCCCUAUAUGCUGUAGGUGAUCCGACCAGGUCUGACUGUAGAUGGCAAUAUCGUCCAGGUAUGCACACGCAUAAUCCUGGAACCCGUCCAGUAGCCGAUCCACCAUCCGCUGGAAAGUCGCGGGGGCGUUUUUCAUCCCGAAUGGCAUGACUCUAAACUGGUAUAAGCCAAACGGGGUGACAAACGCCGACUUGGGGAUGGCGUCCUCGGCUAGUGGAAUUUGCCAGUAUCCCUUACACAGAUCUAUUGUAGUGAGAUACUGACCCCUGGCCAUCCUAUCUAGCAGUUCGUCUAUCCGAGGCAUCGGGUAGGCGUCCGACACGGUUUUGUCGUUCAACCUCCGGUAGUCCACGCAGAACCGAGUGGUACCAUCUUUCUUGGGAACCAGGACUACCGGCGAUGCCCAGGGGCUAUCGGAGUGUUCGAUAACCCCCAACUGCAACAUCUCCUCAAUCUCUUUCCUCAUGUGUUCCCGCACGGAUUCAGGAAUCCGAUAUGGGGUCUGUCGCAUGGGAAGCUGUCCCGGGGUUUCUACUCGGUGAGUGGCUAGUGGCGUGUACCCAGGUAAGUUAGAAAAGGUGGCACUCUUUGUCGCUAUCAAUUCUUGUACCUGGGUACGCUCUUGAGGACUUAGCCGCUCCCCCAGCUGAACCCCUUGGGAGGGCUCCUUCUGCUCCUCCUGCUCUAGUAGAUCUGGAAGAGGCAAGUUCUCCUGAUCUUCUGAGGCGGGCGUGCAAAUAGCUGCCACGUCCUCAGUUCGCUCAUGGUAGGGUUUGAGCAUGUUCACAUGGAGCAUGCGUCUCUUCCCUACUCCAGAGCAUGGGCCGAUCACAUAGGUGGUGUCGCAUCUCUGCUCUACCACCUGGUAUGGGCCCUGCCAGACGGCCUGCAGUUUAUCGGUGCGAACAGGUUUGAGGAUUAACACCUUCUGUCCCACUUGAAAACUACGGUCUCUGGCCCCUCUGUCAUACCAACGACGCUGUCGUUGCUGGGCGGCCUGGAGGUUCGUGCGUACUGCCUGGGUCAAUUCCUCCAGGCGAUCCCGGAACGCCAGUACGUAUGGUACAAUAGGGGUCCCAUCUGCGCUACCCUCCCCCUCCCAAUGCUCCCUAAUGAGAUCCAAUGGUCCCCGGACCCUUCUCCCAAAUAACAGUUCAAAUGGGGAGAAACCGGUAGACUCUUGGGGUUCCUCUCUGUAAGCAAAUAACAGAUGGGGAAGGAAUCAUUCCCAGUCCUUAUGGGUCUCUCCGAAUGUACGGAGCAUCUGUUUUAGGGUACCGUUGAACCUCUCACAUAAUCCGUUGGACUGAGAGUGGUAGGCUGAGUUAAUGAUUGGUUUAAUGCCACAUAUUCUCCAUAACUGCUGAGUAACCUCAGCCGUGAAUUGUGUCCCCCUAUCGGAGACCAUUUCCUGUGGGAACCCUACUCGGGAGAAUAUUUUCAUCAGGGCUUCGGCCACGGUCUCAGCGUGGAUAUUUGUUAAAGCAAUCGCCUCGGGGUACCGGGUGGCGUAGUCUACCACGGUCAAUAUAUAUCGCUUCCCGGAGGGGCUGGGCUUUGGUAGUGGCCCCACUAUAUCUACAGCUACACGUCUGAACGGUUCUUCAAUUAUAGGUAGGGGACACAGUUUCGCCUUGUGGCGAUCCCCUCUCUUGCCUACCCUCUGACACACAUCACAGGAGGUACAAUAAUGCCUCACAUCUUUAGAAAUCCCGGGCCAAAAGAAAGCAUGUGUUAAGCGAUAUCGGGUCCGGGUCAUCCCUAAAUGGCCGGACAGAGGGAUGUCAUGGGCUAUUCUCAGUAACUCAUGCCUAUACUUCUGGGGUACUACCAGCUGCUUAGUUUGGAGCGUCACAGAGUUUCCUAUUGCCCUUUCAGCCACCCGGUACAGUAACUUAUUUUCCCAAAUGUACCAUUCCCCCUCCCGCCCCACCUGGUCCGUGUCUACCCUAUCUCGGUACACCUGCAGUGUGGGGUCUGUCUGAACCUCGGCUUCAAAAGUGGUUGGGGUGUCCCAGGUCAUAUUUGUCAAGGGAGGGUCAUGGUUACUUACCUGAGCCUCAGAGUGUGUUGGUGGUGCCGUGGUGCGAGCCUGUUGCCGUGUGGUUACUGGGUGCGCCUCCUGUGAAGGGGCCUGAGGUAGGAAAGCGGAAGUCAUCUGGCCCAAGUCAUUCCCCAAAACCACAUCUGCUGGUAACUUCUUCAUGAUUGCCACUUCUACAACCCCCUCCCCAGCACCCCAGUUCAAAUGUACCUUGGCAGUGGGUAACCGGUACAUGGCUCCCCCUGCUACCCGGACAGCCACUGAUCCGCCAGUGUGGGCCGCAUCUGGAACCAAAUGUGGAGCAACCAGGGUCAAAGUGGCUCCCGAGUCCCUCAGCCCCUGUACUUCUUUCCCCCCCCACAAACACAACUUGACGGUGAUGCUGCCUGUUGUCCGUGGCCUGUACCGACAUCACUUCGUAUAAAACUCCCAAUGGUUCCUCGGUCUGCAGACUGACCAGCUCGGAGUUGUCAGGUUCCGUGUGGUAGUAAUGAGCAGCUGCCCUUGGAGUGGAGUUUUGUCGUACCUGGUUCCAUGCCUGUCUACUCCGAUUCUGGGUACACUCCCGGGAUAUAUGCCCCCACUGGCGGCAGGUAUGGCAUUGUAUGUUGGCCCUGCCAUUGUAGCGGGAUGGCGGUGGGGGGUUCCCCGGUGCUGGCCGGAAGGGAGCAGAGUUGGUUGGUGUGGAGAUGGUCGGGUGGUGUUGUACAGCUGGUCUCAGAGGACCCCUGUUGGGAAGCCCAUGGUGCCUCCUGGCAUCAAAGUGCUGAUCCGCCAACCGGGCGGCUUCGGUUAGGGUGAGGGGUUUUCUGUCCCUUACCCAUUCUUGUGCCUCUGGUGACAGUCCGUUAAAGAAUUGCUCCAGCAGGAUGAGUUGGCGCAGUCCCUCCAUGGUGGUGGCUUGGCUCGCCUGAAUCCACCCUUGUGAAGCUUGGUCAAGCUUAUGUGCCCACUCAGCGUGGGAAUCUUUUUCCGGCUUCCUCAAUCCCCGAAAUUUACGCCGAUAUGCCUCCGGGGUUAUGGCAUACCUCUCCAGAAUUGCCCUUUUGACUUUAAAAUAGUCCUUGCUGUCCUCUCUGGGCACAGCGCGAUACGCCUCGGCUGCUCAUCCUGCCAACUUGCCUGCUAGUAGGGGUACCCACAUGGCCUGCUCCAGAUCGUGUAGGUCGCAUAACCGCUCAAAAUCCUGCAGGUAUCCGUCAAUCUCAUCCUUCUCCUCGCAGAACGCUUUAAAUGCCUGGUAGGGUAUUUUCUGCUUCACUGGAGCGCCGAAUGAGUUGGCGAUGGAUUCUGCCCUGGAUGGUGGCCCCUGGUGCUGCUGUGCCAUAAUGUAAUCCUGUACGUCUGCCAUCAGCACGGUCAAGAUGUCCAGGGUUACUGGCUGUGGUACAAAUUCCAGUCGGGUUCUCAGUUCCCUCUGAUGGAAGGGGAACAAACACAUUAGGACUGUAUACUUUCAAUAAACAGGAAUUGUAAAAACUGUAUAUUGGCAAUUCAUAAACCAGGGCUACGUAUUGACCCUUAAAGUGACACAUUAUGCACUGUAACUGCCACAGCUAAUUGAAGUUGCUACAGUGUCUGGAGUCCUUCCAUUAAGUGCAUUUACCGCAGAGCACACAAGGAAACAAUACAGGAAGAGCAUGACGAUUAGAGCUCCCUCACCGCACGUCCAUUCUCCUCCCAGAGACUAUAUUUGGGCAGAGUAGGCACCUGCCAUCCGGGUGAGCAGGUACCUAGUCUUCCUUAGCUCACAGCUGGCUGCCUCUUUGGGGUCCUAAGGUGGCCAGCGGGCCUGCUCCUGAGCACCCUUGAACAGCAGAACACUGACGACCUCAGUGACCCCUGACUCCAGCACAAUGACAUGAAAUGGUUAUAGUGCCUACAGUGUCCCUUUAACAAACUGCCUUUUACUAAGCAUCCAUUGUGAUCAUUCAAUUUCGAUACUGCGGUAUAUGAAUUGUAGAUAUUACAGGCAGCACUUUACUGCUGGUUCAUACAGCAACUUCUGACACUGCUUCGAGUUCACGGCUGUUGAUCUAAAUGUAAACCAUUUGUGUUUCAUCAUGAGUAAUUCAUGGCUUUUUGUUUCAUUAUUAUUAUUUUAAAUCCAGCUGUUUCAUGUACAGUCUGGAUACAGAACACCCUCUUUCUGACACUCUUUUGAUUGGGAAAUAAUUGCAGCAGCUGCAGCUUAUUAUGAGAUUUUUUAAUGAUUGGUGCUUUCUGUUACCUAUGACAGAAUUUCGCCUCACAUUAAUUAUUUCCAGAUAAAUUAACUGCACUUAAACGCCUGCCUAGAUAAUACAGGAGCCACGAAAAAAAAAUAACACUAACGGUGUUAUUCAUUAAUGUAUGAACUGUCUGCAAAUCAAAGGGGUUUAUUCGCCAAAAUGUGAAUUGAUCGUUUUUUGAGAUUUCUUAGUUUAGUUAAAAAACACUGCUAGACAGAAGUAAUCGACUAGUUGUAAACCCACAAAUCUCGUGACGCAAUAGGUUGGCAAAGCAUCAUGGGAAUUUCAAAAUUAAGUGAUCUCUUCCUUCAGUAAAAAAAAAAAAAGAGAACCUAAAACACAGAUCCUAAACAUUAGUGCUAUUUAAAAGACGUCUUCCCCCGUGGGUAAAAACAUAUCAAUUUAAGAUUCUUAGAGAGUAGGACGAUGUUCAUGAAAAGUGAUUUAAUUACACGAGUAAGCACAGUGGCUUUCAACAAAUCACAGCAAGUCAUUAUAGUUAUACAAGGAGCUUAGUGGAUUUGUUAUGGAUGAGUAAUGAGUGGAUCAGGGCCGGUGCAAGGAUUUUUGCUGCCCUAGGCAAAAAAAAUUUUGCCGCCCCAUUUGUUCCACCCACUCAUGCAGACUGACAUACACUGACCCAAGCAGACACACACUGACCCAUACUGAUUGAAAUGCACAAACACAAACUCUUCAAAAAUACACAUUGUGAUAUCCCAUUGACCCACUUACCUUUCUUCAUAUUUGACUGCUUGUCAUGUGUUCCUAGCCGCUUACCUUUGCUUUUCAUGUGUGCCUGGCUGCCUUCACGCUGUCUCAGCCCCUGCUAUGCUCCCGCCAACUUGUCCCCACGUACAGGGCAAGGGACGGGAGCGAGACAUUAAAGCGCCCUCGCGCUGUUGUGGCAAUGGGAGUCUUUGUGGGGAGCCUGGCUGAGCAGGCUGAAGUGGAUGCCACCGGACCAGUGUUACACCGGUGUUACACCUGUAAAAAUUCUUCAUGUCAGUUAUGGUUUGGCUGUGCUGGAGUUAAAUUUGAAAUUCACUUGAAAUUCAUUUUUAAUUUUCACUUUAGUAAAUAACCCUAUCAGUGUCAGUGAACUAGAUGGAUGGGCUUCAAUAAAAAAAUAUCUUUUGGGGAAGUUUUUAAAAAUAAUGUCUCCCCCUGGGCGUUCGACCCUUCUGCAUUUUAUUGAUAUCAGGGAUUGUUGAGUAUUUUGGGGAAGUUUUUAUAAAUAAUGUCUCCCCCGGGCGUUCGACCCUUCUGCAUUUUAUUGAUAUCAGGGAUUGUUGAGUAUUUUGGGGAAGUUUUUAUAAAUAAUGUCUCCCCCGGGCGUUCGACCCUUCUGCAUUUUAUUGAUAUCAGGGAUUGUUGAGUAUUUUGGGGAAGUUUUUAUAAAUAAUGUCUCCCCCGGGCGUUCGACCCUUCUGCAUUUUAUUGAUAUCAGGGAUUGUUGAGUAUUUUGGGGAAGUUUUUAUAAAUAAUGUCUCCCCCUGGGCGUUCGACCCUUCGGCAUUUUAUUGAUAUCAGGGAUUGUUGAGUAUUUUGCUUUCCUUACAUCUAAACCUUCUGCAUGAUCUGUGGGUUUCCCUAACAGAAAGUAAGUAGAUCUUGACUGUAUUACUUUCUGAAAACUUUACCGCAAUAUUAAUAUUUAGAAUAUUUUUGGGACGCUUUUGCUUUGGCACCUAAAGUUAUAAAACAAACACCUAUACAAUUAAAACAUACCAAUUGGUGACCGUAGAACUUUGCUGGAAGGAAACCUUUAGUUAUGUCAUUACACUAAAUGAAAUGUUGUGGAGAUGCUACUUGGCCAUUGUGGAAGUGGACGUUUGCAUAAGGGCAUCCAAUAAGGGAGGGACUGGGGUGAUUGAGACACAUGGAAGGUACGGGAGGGGAUUGAGACACAUGAAAUGGAUGGGGGGUUGAGACACAUGGGAGGGACUGGGGGGUAAUUGACACACUGAAGGGGCUGGGUGGAAUUAAGUCACAUGGAGGAACUGGGGGAAAUUGACACAAAGGAGGGGACAGGAGGGAAUUGAGACACAUGGAGGGACUGGGGGAAACUGACACAUGGAAGGGACUGGAGGGGAUUGAGACACAUGAAAUGGAUGCGGGGGUUGAGACACAUGGAAGGGACUGGGGGGGAAUUAAGUCACAUGGAGGAACUGGGGUAAAUUGACACAAAGGAAGGGAUGGGAAGGAAUUAUGACACAUGGAGGGACUUGGGUGGAAUUGACACAUGGUAGGGAUGGCAGGAAAUUGAGACACAUGGAGGGACUGGGGGGAAUUGACACAUGGAAGGGAUGGGAGGGAAUUGAGACACAUAGAGGAACUGGGGGGAAUUGAUAUAUGGUAGGGACGGGAGGGAAUUGAGACAGAUGGAAGAGCUGGGUGGGGAUGAGACACAUGGGGGGCAUGGUAAUUCUUGCACCGGGGCCCGGUUGUUUCCAGUAACGCCUCUGGCUGUAGUGGUUAUAGAGUAGCCCUUUUAAAGUCUAAACAUUUAGACAACUUAAGGAUUUUAUUUUUAUCUCUGUUAUUUUGGCCUUAAUUUUAAUUUAUUCUUUCCACAUGCAGGAACCUGAUGCCUCGAUCUGUGGACCGGCAAAUUACUGUUGAGAAGACGCCUAGCUAUUUUGUAACACGUGAUGCCCCACGCAGGAUUUCCCACAUGUCGCCCAAGGUCAAGCUGAUUGUAGUUGUACGUAACCCAGUGACCCGUGCCAUUUCAGACUAUACACAGACCUUAUCCAAGAAACCAGACAUCCCCAGCUUCAGCGAACUGGCCUUCCGCAAUCAAACCAGUGGGGAGGUGGACACUGCUUGGAACGCUAUUAGAAUAGGACUUUACGCUUUGCACCUCCAACCCUGGCUUAGCCAUUUCCCCAUUUCCCAGAUGCACUUUGUGAGUGGAGAGAGACUCAUCACAGAUCCAGCUGGUGAGAUGGCCAGAGUGCAAGAUUUUCUUGGCCUCAAGCGUUUAGUGACUGACAAACAUUUCUAUUUCAACAAGACCAAGGGCUUUCCCUGCCUCAAGAAGCCUGGUGGUGGAGGAGCACCACGAUGCCUUGGCAAAUCUAAGGGACGGACUCAUGUGCAGAUAAACACUGAGGACAUAGAGCAGCUGAGAGACUUCUACCGACCACAUAACAUUAAGUUUUAUGAGAUAGUAGGACAGGAUUUUCAUUGGGAGUAGAGCAGAUACAGACACAGGCAGAGGUUGGAAUAUAUAGAACAACUUAUGUUCAGAAAGGAUAAAGGGAAGGAGUGAAAACAAAAGUUACUCGUGGUUGUAGGUGAGAGAUCAAGCAAGCUAACAGAAGCAAUAUCAUUAACUAGCAGACACGAGAAAAAUAACUCACAACGUCAGGUAGAAAAUGGAGACUAGUCAGCUGGGUGAAAGAAUGGAAUAUUAUGGAAUAGGACCAUAGUGGAUGCAAUCGUUUAAUGCUCAUCGAAAGAAGUCCUAGCCUUUUCGCCAAAGGAAAAGGCAGCAAAGCGUAAGUUCGGCAAGAACUCUGAACAAUAAGAUUCAAAAGGUAGGAACUGGGAUUGUGGAGGAUAAAUCAAAAGCUUUUCUCUACAGAAAAUAUACUUGAAGAUGUAUCACAGUCCCAUUACAGCAUCAAGUCCAAAGAGAACUGGUGGGUAGUCCUUGGAUGUAUUAAGCACACAAAUCAAUUAAAUGUCGAUUAACUAACAAUAAUCAUGGGAAAGAAUCAAUGUGCAUUCAAUUUCCAGUACUCCUAUCAGUAAAACCGCAACCAGGAGGCCUGUUGGUUCUACAACAAAUCUACCCUUUUAACUUGUAGAGGGAUACGAAACACGAUGGUCUGUAUGUAUUCUCAAUACAGUGUCUACUAAAGGACCGGUUUUACUGGAAGAAUUCUGUACGCUCAUCAGACCUCAGACACUUUACUUCAGAUAAAGCACAAAGUGAUAGAGAAAUAGAAACACAAGAAGACUGUUGGUGGUGGUACUACACUAUCCUAGACACACACCACAGUACUGAUGGUGUGAUGCCACAUUUCUGUUAGUCUAUGAGGGCAACUAUGCAGUGCUCUUAAAAGUUGGUGCAGAAGAUCAGCCCCAUCUGGUAGAUAUGUGUUUAAACAUCCUAUUGUGGGCCUUAACUUACGUUAUUGUUCCCCUUUGGAUGGUGUACUGUUAAAAAUGCUUCUGUUACCCCUGAUAUUUAAUGUAAAGGUCUGUAGAAGUCAGAUCUGGAGUGUUAGUAUUAUGGACGAUGUAGACAACAUAUCGGAUAUCAAACCAGAUUGUUUUACUGUAUCCAGUUGGCUAUGUAUUAUCAACACAUCAGUUAUCCAAUGUUAUAUUCCACCCAAGUGAAAGUGAAGUAGAAUGUCCUGUCUACCAAAGAACUACAAGAAUUUAGUGGAUCUUUUUAAAGAUCUAAACACCUUUGAAAAAAGGCUCUGGGACUUUUGUGGUCUGUUUGCUAGAGUCCCAUAAAACCAUUCAACAAUGAAUUUGGUUCAAACUAAAAACACAGAUAGUUCAAGGUUUAAUUAGUUGUAGAUUUGUACAAGGCAAAAAAAAUUUGGUUCCUCCGAAAAUUGAUUUAAAAAAAAAAAAUUUAAGGUGAUUCGGGUUUCGUCCAUGUGGUGUUUUGGGAAAAGUGAUUCGGACAAACCAAAAUGAAGCCAAAAGGCACCUAUCUGGUUCACAGAUCAAGGUACCAGAAGUAACCGAUAGAGGAUGGAGCACUAAAAAAAAUCUAUAUAUUAUAUUUAUAUUUUAUGAAAACCAAAGAAAAAAGAUACUUACAUGCUAUCCCAAAUCCCUAUGCACAUUUAAAUAACUGGAGGUUUUUUUUUAAUAUCACUCCAAUGGCUAUUUAAGUGUAAGCUCACUUGCCACAUCAUGACAAAACCUCUUGAGUCUUGAGUCCUACACUAACAAUUCUCAUUGCUGCUUUCGGUUAAAAGAGGCAUUUUUCUAAACCCAACACACUUAUUAAGCCUUAAUAGGGAACACAUGGGGUGGGCGGCAGCACUGUAACAUGGCUGUGCAAUGCAAAUGAAAUAUAACAUACAAAACUAAGCCCUGCGCUCAAACUCCCACUACUCAUGGGCGGCAGCAAUGUCUAUAGUGCACAUCAGCCCCAAUACAUGUAAUAAAAAAGUUAAAAUCAUUUUUUUUGCACAUUAUGCCAAAUCCCUAUGCACAUUUAAAUAACGGUAGGUUUUUCAAUAUCACUCCAAUGGCUAUUUACGUGUAGUAGGGAUAGUGUGCAAGUAACUUUUUUCCUUGGUGACAACAAAUAC